AUGUCAAAGCGUGGAUUAAAUGAUUUUUUUACAUCAUUAUCGAGUACCACAGGUGGUGGAAAUUUAUUAGCAACAAAUUUACAUGGCGUUACAUUAGAUAGUGAAGCUAAAAAGGCUAAAUUAGAUUAUUCAGUGAAUUUAUUAGCAACAGCUAGUGGAAUGGUACUACCAUCAAUGCAACAGCAACUUCUUUCAGCUAUUGCAUUUGCUAAUGGCGCACAAUUUUUACAAAAUUCCGCUUUUUUAACUCAACCAUUUAUUAAUGCUAAUACGAUAACUUCUACUGCUACUAAUACUAAUAGUAGUAGUAGUAGUAGUAGCAGUACUACUAUAAGUAACAAUAUGGCUGCGACAACAUCAACUGGUUUAACAAGUGGUAAUAUUGGACAUUCAUCAUAUCAUAUUUCACGUGUGGUACAUCUUCGAAAUAUACCAUCCGAUAUGACUGAUUUAGAAUUAAUUCAUUUUUGUAUGCCUUAUGGAAAGCUUAUUAAUUAUUUAUUACUUAGAGGAAGAAAUCAGGCAUUUGUGGAAUAUGAAGAUGAAAGAAGCGCCCAAACUUUAGUUACAGUAAAUAUAGCAUGUCCAGUAGCUAUCCGUGACAGGACAAUAUUUUGCCAAUUUUCCACUCAUCAAGAAUUGAAAACCAAUCGUCGUCUUCGUACUGAUAGCAAUUGUUCUAAUCUUAUCAUUGAUCAAGAUGAUAAUGAGGUUUGUUUACAUCUAAAUGCAUUUCUUUUUUGCUCCUAA